GUGGAAAGGACGGGAGAAAAGAGUAGGGAGAGCGGAGAGAGGAGGAAAAGAAAAAGGGGGACGGGGAGAAGACUUGGGGGAUCCCAAGAAAGGGCAAAGAGGGAGAGAGGAGACAGAAAAAAGGGAAAGGAAAGAAGAAGGGAGAGGAAGGAGGAAGGUGAGGAAAGGUGGAGCCGGAGAGCAGAACUGAGGGACCAAAGAGCACCGCGAAGUGGGGAGCGAAGAGCGAAGGAGAAGGGAGAGGCGAGUGAGCCAGCCGGCUCGACCCUGGCGGCCUCCCGGGGCUCCGGGCAGGGGCGCGACGGGGGCGCCAUGCGGGGGGGCUCUUAGUGUGGUCCGGGCGGCCUCCCGGAGGAGACCGGGAGGCGAGGGGGAUGCCCAUGGCUAGAGCAGCGCCCUGGCGCCCGCUCCCCGGGCCGCUGCUGCUGCUGCUGCUGCUACUGGCGUCGGGCCGGACGCGGGCCCGGGCGCCUGUCGAGACCAAGGCUCAGGACAAGGGCGAGCCCAAGUCCGGUGCGGGCGGCAGCCCCAGCCCCAGGCCCGAGCAGGCGCUGACGGCGCCCAGCGAGCCCCCGGGGGCGGGCGGCGACCGCUGCCUGGGCUAUUACGACGUGAUGGGUCAGUGGGACCCACCGUUCAACUGCAGCACGGGGCCCUACCACUACUGCUGCGGGACGUGCGGCUACCGCUUCUGCUGCCGGGACGCCCCGCGCCGCCUGGACCAGAGCCGCUGCUCCAACUACGACACGCCCAGCUGGCUGCAGACCGGCUCUCCGCGCUCGUCCGGGGCCUCCGACGGCGGCCCGGGCGGCGGCGGUGGCGGCGGCGGCGGCGGCCCCGGGGCCCCCAACCCGACUCGCGAUCGGGCCCACGUAGCGGUCUACAGCGUGUGCGGGGUCGUGGCCCUGCUGGCGCUCGGCGCCAUCCUCACCCGCCUGGGACUGGACAAGGCGCACAGCCCGCGGGCGGAGCGCGCCGUGGCCAGGACUCUGACCGACCUCUUGAAGCAGCCGGGACAAAGCCCGUCGGCCCCUCUGCCCCCGCCGCUGGGGAGCACUGUGCAGGUGCAGAUGGCGGACAGCCUCCCCCGCGGCUCCCCCCGCCCCAGCGCAGACAAAAAGCACUUGAACAACGCCCCUCUGGGGACCCCCAUGCUGCCCACGCUGGGCCUGGGCCCUGCCCACGGAUCCCGGCUACACCUGGGCAACAGCCUGACCCUGCAGCCCGACUACAGCAAGUACGCCUCCCUGAAGGCCUUCGAGACCGCCCCGGGAGAGUUCUACAAGCGCUUCCCUUCGGUGGACGUGCCCGUGCCCAGCACCGUGUCCCUCCCCCCGCGGGUCCCCAGACACCACAAGGACCUGCCCCUGCUGCUGGACGGCUGCCCCUGGGCCACGCCGGGCCCCCGGGCCAAAGGGCUGAGGAGCGGCGCCCGGCCCCCCCCCGCGGGGCCCCCCACCUGCCAAGGCUGGACCGCUUCCCGGGUGCCCCCCAGGACCCCCCACGGGCCCCGGGCCCAGCCCUCCCCAGCCCCGCGGCGGCCCCCGGCCCACGGGCCCAAGCGGCAGUUCAGCGCCGAGCAGCUGAGUGAGGCCUUCAGCCACCAGCCCCCCGGGGGGCCGCGCCACCUGCCCACCAACAGCAAGGCCGAGGUCACGGUGUGAGGGCUCCCGGCCAGGCCGCAGCAAAGGGCUGGGCGGGGAGCAGGGGGCUGGCUGCUGCUCGGCCUGGAGGGCCCUCCCUCGGAGCCUCGGGUCCCUCCCCUGCAGAAUGAGGGGCCGGUCCCAGGAAAGUCCCCAGAGUCUCUGGUUCCCGCUGCCUUCCCUCUCGGGCCGCCCAGACUCCCAAGGGUGUGUCCCCUCCCCCGGCCCGAGGGCACAGGCUUCCCGCAGGGACAGGCCCGGGAGGGGCCGCAGGAGGGGGUCAGGACCAGGGACAGCUGCCCGCCGUGGGAGCCCUUCCCUGCCCCCGCAGACCCCCAGAGGGAGGGGGGAGGAGUGGGGCCGGGCGCAGAAACGGAGGGAAGGGGCCGGGAGGGGGGCUUUGCAGAGCACAGAGCUGCAGCUGUCGGGGUCCCCGGGUCCUCCUUUGUAAAUAAACCUCCCCUCCUCAAUAAACACGGCCUCCCCAGGGGUGAGGCUGCUGGGAGCUGA